CGAGCGUGAGCAGCUGACCGGGCAAGCAUCCCGCAACCCGAUAGAGGGGAAAGAAGCAAAACCUUGGAAUUGAAGGAACACRAAACGAUGGGGAAACUUACGAUCGGCGGAUGCACGAGAUUCCAACGGUGUUUCCAUCGACGGCGACCACRCCUCGUUGCCRAUGGAGGGACAGCACCAGCUAUUAUCGCUGAUGGUGCAAAUUUGCCCCUUUCUGCCCUUUUCGGAWCCCAACCAUCGCCGCGCUCGUUUUGGACCCUUUCCUUCAGCGGUGCCGGCCACCUCUUGCCGUACCACCUCGGGGCGGCCAAAAUCCUGCUGUCGGGCGAGACCGGCGAAUCCCUUCCGAUCGAGUCGGUCUCCGGAUCAAGCUCGGGCGCCAUCGCCGCCACGGUCACCGCGUGGCUGCCCCACCGAUUGGACGAAUUCGCGGACCGAUUCUUGCAGGACCGGGGGCACGCCUUCAGGAACCUCAAGGGCAUGCUGCAGGAGGAAGAGGAAGAGGCCGCCGCCGAGGCAUCGGGAAUGGGGAAAGAGCACUCCCGCUCCCCGCUGCUAUCGAUUUGCACGACGAGGUGCUCCGAUGGAGGCAUCCACCUKUUUUCCUUCGACGGGCGGCGGCCGCGACGAGAACAACRCGAGCGACUCCKGAAAKCCAUAGAAGCCUCCUGUCGGAUUCCCCGGUCGUUCCACCCCAUCGACAUGGCCGCUGGCGAUGGCCUCUUGUCGAGGCUUCUCGGGGGAGGCAGCGGUGGCCAUGGAUAUCCCGAAAACGAAGGGGUGGAAAUCGACGGAGCCGGAUACGCGGACGGGGGAAUCGCGGGGCCCUUUCCCCCGACCCCGCUCGACGGAGAUCCCGGCUGCGCGGGGCGAAUCGUCGUGAGUCCGGUCUCCGGGGAGUACUUCUAUCGCGGGGGGGAACGCGAACGCGGCAGCGCCGGCACCCUUCCACCGCUGCUCCKCGCCAUUCGACCGGGCGACGCCUCGCGCAGGGUCCCGCUGGUGGGCCCGAUCGAGCUCUCGGGGAGCCCGGAGGGUCCGACCGCGAGCGGGGUCGGCAGCGGCGGCGACUCCGGGAGCGAUCCGAGCACGGGGCCGCUGCUCGUGGAGGCGGUAGGGGUUCGGGCCGAGCCGUCGAUCCAGAACCUCCGGGCCCUCGUCACGGCGCUGGGCGUGGUUCCGUCCGGUCCUCCCCGCCCGGCGGACCACGGCGUGGGGGGCAGCGACACCGAUAGCGGAGUCCUCCGGGAUUGGAUGGAACGCGGCCAAGCAGACGCACACGAAGCGUUGAUCGACCUGCAUAAGGACCGCUGGCAAUAGCCAUUGGCCAGAGUGGGGGAAGGAGUCGCCGAUCUGGGCAGCCAACUCUUGGACUCCAUGGAACCAUUUGACGACAAGCAUAGGAUACCUGUUGGUUGUGUUGRUGAACGAGUUUUCUACUCUUUCUAGGUUCUACUAAUACUACAACCGCGCCCAAUAUUGUUGUUGUUGCAAUACAAGAAUGAUACAGGUAGAAGAAUCACUUAUUAAAAGAAUAACGAAGUAUGUUGAUU